GCUGAGCGACUCUACACGCAUCUGAAGGACGAGCAUGUCGGCCGCAAAGCGCACCAUAACCUCUGUCUGACAUGCAGAUGGGACAAGUGCACAGUACCGACUUUUGCCAAGAGAGACCAUAUCACUUCCCACCUCCGCAUCCAUGUUGCCUCGAAGCCGCACUGCUGCGAGCUCUGUAAAAAGAGAUUUAAGCGACCGCAGGACCUCAAGAAGCACGAAAAGACCCAU